AUGUCUAAAACUUAUUUAAGAUUGUUGCUGAGUCGCGGAAUUUUUUAGUAGUUUGUUAAACAAAACAAAUAAAGAAAAAAUAAUUCAAUCUGUUAUUAAUAUUUAAUCAAUUUCUUAUUAUUUGUAUAAGAAUUGCGCAGCUACAAUUGCCAGAUGAGAAAUCUUUUUUGUCUUCUAACAGCACUCGUUUUAGCAACAAGUGCGUUUGACAUUCCUAACUUUCGAAGAUGGUACGGUAUAGAAUAUCGGCAACGAGUUCCUUCAUCUUCAAAAUGUGAACAAUUCGAUAAAUAUUUAAAAAAAGUAAAAGAAUUGAUAAUAAAAGGUAUUAAAGACGUUUUCCAUAAUGAUCACAUUCAAGCAAGAGUAAAUAUAGAACAUGUUCCAGCAAAAGAAAAUAUAGAACAUGUUCCAGCAAAAGAAAUUAUGGAACAUGUUCCAGCAAAAGAAAAUAUAGAACAUGCUCCAGCAAAAGAAAAUACAGAACAUGUUCCAGCAAAAGAAAAUAUAGAAUAUGCUCCAGCUAAAUCGUUAGUUCGUGUUCAAGUCCCGGUAGAAUGAGUGUUCCAGUUUUUUUGUUGUUCAUUUUUUGUUUUGUAUACUAAUACAUAGUUUUUUAUAUACCGCGUAAUAUAUAUGUCAUUAACAUAUUAUACAUAAAUUAUAUGUAUUUUUAUGUAAGCUUUAUUCUUUGUUUAUUCUAGAUUUUUUUGCAAGAAAGCUGCUUAUAAACAUCUAAGAAAAACAAAUUAAAAAUAAU